GAAAAAGCAUGGCAGCAUUUUACAUUGCACUAAAGCCCGCAAGAUUCAUCUAAUUUUCGCUGAUCGUGAAUUGUCUUCCCAAGCUGUGCAAAACAGCAAGAAGCCACCUCAUCCACCGCCACCACCACCACUUCAGAUCUCUUCAGCAACCUUUGAAUCACUAGUUUGUCUUGCCUUAUAAGCACAAAAACAUAUAUAUAUCGAUAUAUACUAAGUGUUGGGAGAGAGAAUCAGGCUGUAAAAUUGGGAAAGAUCAUAAAGAUGGGUCGCAAAAAUGGGGGGCUUUUGCCAGAGGAACAAAACGGGGCCUCAACUUCGGCGAACAAUGCUCUGGUAUUCAUUACUAUGUCCAUCAUUGGCUUUCCAGUGGAUGUGCAUGUGAAGGAUGGCUCGAUUUAUUCUGGAACUUUCCACACUGCUUCUAUCGACGAUGCCUAUGGUAUUGUUUUGAAGAAAGCAAGGAUGAUUAAGAAGGGCAAUCGACAGACAAAUCUAGCUGAUGGAAGUCUGAUAGAGACACUUAUAAUUCUGUCAGAAGAUCUUGUUCAAGUUGUUGCAAAGGAAUUAAUGCUACCAGCAGAAGGUAUCUCUGGAAAAGUUGGAGCAGCUAAUGUUGCGGCUACAGCUGGCACUUUGCCUCAGAAUGUACGUGAAGAGAGGGAGGCAAAUGUAACAAACUCUAAAGAACCCAACUUGGACAGAAAGCAUGCGAGGUUUAUCAGUCCAUAUAAGAAUAGCUUUCAGAAUGGUUCUGUUCACAAUAAUUCUGUGCCAAUUGCAAAUGGAAAAUCAGACUGCAGAAACUUGGUCAAGGGGGGAGAGGCUUUCACUGUUUCACCUAAUAUGAGACAGGUUGGAGACAGCUCAGAGGAAAAACGGAGUGAUCUAGUGCAGGAGCAAGUUUUGCAUGGGGAGGAAACGACUGAUCAAGUUGAAGGCUCAAGAUCAAGCUUAGAUGCUCAUUCCAAGGACAUGAAUGCUGGAACAAACAAAGGGGAAUCACCAAAUCUGAUGUCUUUUGAAAGAUCUACUGUGGCCAAACUUGAUGAUCCAAGUAAUCUGAGGCACACAUUAGAUAAAGCUCAGGAGACAACUGCUCUUUCCUCCAAAGUUUGUGCUGAUGCUUCCUCUGGUUUCGGUGUUGCCUCAGAUUGUAACCUCAGUUUGUCAUCUGCUUCCACUAAAGUGGUGCUUCCAAAAGUUGCAAAUCAUGGUCUAACCACUAAGGAAUCUAAGCUCAACCCAAGAGCAAAGUUGUUUUCUCCAUCACCUUUGCAACAUAGAUCAGCGACCCCUCCUGCAGUGCUAUCGCGCACACCAGAACCCCCACCCACGGUAUCAAAUGCACCUGCAGAUCCAGAAGCUGAUUUGAGUUCCUUUGCCUAUUGUUCUUCUGUACCUGCUAAGUUUCUUACGUGUAAUAACCUGUUUCUGGGAAAUGGAUGGAGCGAUCUACAAUAUGUCCAGCCUGUUGUUGGACAUGUGGGAAGCAGGACACCUCCAGUUAGAUAUGCCAGUCAGUAUAAUCAUCUUCAAGCUGGGACAACGUAUCUGCAUCAAAAUUCACAAAAUAUGACUGGGCGAGCGGGGCCGCUGUUUUAUGCACUUCCGGUUUCUAAUGAUGCCACUCAGGGUGUGGCAGGAUAUUCUCAGUUAUCUUCACAUCCUCUGCUGAUGCCACAUCAGGCAAAUCUUCCCAAAAACCAAGGAAUCGCAACAAUGCAAGCACUGCAGCUUUAUGUUACUCCAUUUUUAGCUAAUGGACAGCAGCCAUUUGCAGUUCCUUCGUACAUCCCUAUUUCAGCUCCAUUCUUUCCCAGUAUGGGGUCCAUUCCAGUUCCAGGAUCUGACGGUUCCUUAAGCGCCAAAUUUGUCUGUCAAUCGUGAAAUGGUCACCCCCCCUGAUACUUUUGUGUCCCCAUGAUGCGGAAAUUUUGGUGUAUGGUUUAGUAACCGGGUUAGCUAUGCUUAUUUGUAGCUUAGAUGUAGGUACUCGAUACUGUAAAUUGCAUUUAAGUGGAGCUAGUUGGUCUUGUUUCGGAAGUAUGGGUGGAUAUACAGUACUUCACCUGUAUGUGCGCUUUUGUUGAAUUGGCUAUUGGGGGUGCUUUGAAAUUUUGUACUACUACCAGUAGUGCUACUGAGAGCAGAGGCCAUUGAUUUUGUAAAAGUGCAAGGGACCCUAUUUUUGGUCAUCUUAUAUCUUGAAGCUUAAGUCAAUUUUUUGUUUGCCUUUAUCCGUAUUUGGUUGGAAGUGAAGGCUGUCGUACAUAUACGUGACAUUUAUGAGCAUAAUUAGGAGAACAAUCGGUCCAAUUCUUUUAUCUUCAUAUCGUACUCAAGAUGCUUCCGAUGUGUU